AAAAUUACAAUUAAGGUGAUAUCUAUAUUUUAAUUAUAGGAGAUCAUCCAAAAAAUCAGAUAUAAUCUUUUAAAUCUAGUUAUUAAUUUAUUUAAUAUGUACACUCCAAACGAUUAAGGAUAUUACUAACCCUUUAUCCCAUAAGAUGGAUAACAAAUGCCAAUAUAAUAAGAUUAUCAAUACCCAUACAUGCCUCCUCCUCCUGCCUUAUCUAAUUCAGGAGCGUUGAGUAGUUAAAGGAAUAAUUAAUUUUAUGAAUUAUAAAAUAUAAAUUAGGUAGAACGCUAGCAAAAUUUUUAACAAACACCUCCUUCAAAAGGAUUUUAAAGUAUAAAAUUGAGUGAAAAAAUAUAAGAAUAAUAUGAAACUCCUACUGAUCAAGGAGAUGAUGUUUAGGAAGAAUCGAAGCAUAACGGAUUUUAAAAUGCAUACUAGCUAAGAUAAUAAUUUAAAAGUGAUUAGCAAUUUAAAUCGUUUAACAUAAGUAAUAAUUUUAAUACUCAAAAUUCUUAAUAUAUAAAUAUUAAAAGUGGUAUGGCUAAGCUCCAUGAAUUACAAGGAAUAUAUAUUAAAUAAAGAUUCGAUGCAGCUGAAAAUUUAUCUGGAUGUGAAUAACCAAAUAUCUAUAAAGUAUAUCCAGCAGAUUGCAAUGGAGAUGUGAUUUCAAAUUAGUAUAUUUUUAAAUGCAAAGAAAAGAGCUCCUGUUGUGCCAGAAAUUGUAUACCUGGAUCGAAGAGACCAUUUAAUAUGAUAGUUAAAAAUAGGAGUGGGUAAUUAACUCCAAGUAGAGAUAUGGUUGAGGAUUCAAAUUUCCUUUUAUUGCGCAGACCAUAUAAAUGUACAUGUUUUUGUCUAUCUAGACCAGAGUUAGAAGUAUUUGUUACUGAAUAAGGUGCAAAUAAAAUAUUAGGAAAGAUUACUUAACCCUUUUACUUUUGUAGUGUUGGUUUAGAAAUUUAAGAUUUACUUGGAAAUGUAAAGUAUACCAUAGAAGGCGAAUCUUAUUGUAUGCCAGCAGUCUUUUGUGGUAAUUGCCCAUGUAGAAGCUGUUAAUAGGCUACUUUUAUAAUUAAAAAUACAAAAGGUGAUCCCUUAAGCUACAUUACCAAAAGAACAGCAGGAUGUUGGAAAUCUUGUGCAUCAGAUAAAUCCAAUUUCGGAGUAACUUUUCCUCAUAAUGCGAAUGCAGAAGACAAGAUAUUAAUUAUGGCUGCUACUUUAUUUCUUGAUUAUAGCUACUUUGAAGAAAGUAUCACAGAUAGACAUGGAAAAACAUCACAUAUUAACUUAAUAGAUGAUGAAAACAAAAAACAGCCAAGUGAACUAAACAUUCCAUUACAGCAAAUCAAUUGA